UUUUUGCAAGAAACAAAGACGCAACGGCGGAAGUGGAGAAGAUUCCUCGACACAUUAUUCAACAUGCCAACAAUGAUGAGCCCUACCGCCACGUCGGAGUGGACGGAGAACCAGCAGACGCUGCAGGAGGUGGUCGAGAAGGACGCGCAGGCCAUGCGCCUCGUUGAACAGAUGACGACGUUGGUGGCAAUCGACAACCAACUCGCGAACUGCCAUGCGUCUCGACCGGUGACGCAGGACGAAGUGGAGCGCACGAUUGUGUGGUUACAGCAGCACCAGGAUAAGAAGAGCAGCCACUUUAUCCACACACUACUGCAUUGGAUCAAGGACAAAGAUGACGAGGAAGAGUCGUCGCCGCCAGAGUCGUUGCCGUUGACAUGGGGCAGCACGUCGCUCAGCUUUUCGUGGGACGAGCAAAGCUUUGGCGUCCUCAACGCGCCGCUGUACGUGGACAUGCUUCACGCGCGGCGAUUGCUCUUGUCUGGGGGUCUGCUGCGUGCAUCAGAAGCGGACAAAAUCGAGUUUUCCAAGUGGUUUGAAGAGUUCCUCGACCAUUUGACGUUGUGCGACGUGCUCAAGCAGCGACUGCUGCAAGACAAGGGCCAGAUGACCAACAAAGCCAUCAAGGUGGCCACGCAGUACCAUCUCGUCCAGAAGUGCUACGACGAGUCGCUUUGGGUUCCCGCUGGCGCGCCGUACAGCGAUAAGGUGCUUCAGUGUCUGGACGAAGUCGAACGUGUGCUUCGCGACGAGGAGAAGGCGGUGGGCGAGGCCAACUUGAUCGUGAUGACCCCAGCCCUCGAGAUGGAAGCGUUCAGCAAUCUCUUCUCGCACAUCCGCGCCGACGCGGAAGAAGGCACGUUCGUGGCCAAGCUCGUGGCGUGGAUGCAGCAUGCACUCCCAGAGAAUGACUUUGAAGCCGUCUACUCGUUUUUCCCACCAGACGUUAAAGCUAGUCUCGCGGGGGUAUGGAUGCAGGAAUAUGCAGAACACAUGCACCGCCUCGAGCCAUUCGACGUGGACUUUCACUACUCGGUCGUGUACCCCCGGUCUCGCGCCGACAUAGUCGAUUCGGCCAAGGCGAUCGGUAUUUAACAAUAGCUCUUUCAACUCAUUAUAUAAAUAUAUUCAUAUAUAUUUG